CCCAAGAUAAGCACCUUAGCUUGCGACCGGAUAUGUACGGUAGUGUACGGAGUACUGUACAUUUUUUGGCCUGUAACUAGUUAGUGGUUAUGUAUCGGUAGACAGAGACAGGCUCCCCUCGGUCCGGGGACAGGACAGGAUGCAGAAGCGUUGGGAGAUCCAGGGUUCCAUGCACACAAAAGGAUAGGUGAUUCCUGCCGGGGCGGGGGGUGCUAUUGUACAGUACAUAGUAGGUCGCACGGUCUUGGAUCUCAAUUUUCAAGGUGCUGACGACCGUACCACAUAAUGUCUAACUACAUGCCGUGCGUACUCCCUUUUCUGUGGCACGUAAUGUGCCGUCGAGAGGUGGCUGGAAGGGAUCCCCGAAUUGUCUAUGCGUACUCACUCAUCUGGACGCGCACUGAUAUGCCAGUUAUGCGGACUCCGGUCUUCGUGGAAUACUCUCUCCCACAUGGUAACUAUAGAUACCAGUGCAACCCUUGUGCAUCCCCUCGAUCCAGUAGGUCGGGGAUUUCUCCCUACAACAGGGGGGCCCUGACGAUCCUCGCUUGGCUUGUCAUCGGUAGCAAGCACCGCACCCCUCUGAGUACAGUACCUCUGGUUUCCCUUGGGAGCACCGUGGACCGAUUGGUGAUUGCAGCCGAGUUAAGGACAUUAGUCCAGUCCCGUGACCCAGAUCGAGAAUGUAGCACAGUCCCUAUAAGCGAGUCCGUCAGCUCUAUCCAGAUCAAUAGGGCUCUCAGGUACCCGAUGCUCAAACAUUCUCCCCGGAAAAAGCCGGCUCACCCUGCGAGAUUUACUGUCAGCUAA